AUGUCAGUUAAUCGAAAAACUGUAGUAUUGCGAGGUGGUGCUCCUUGGGGUUUUCGACUUUCAAGUAGUAGUCGUACACCUGUAUAUAUUGAUAAGGUACGCAGUCAAAGUAAGGCAGCACUAGGCGGUCUUACAACAGGUGAUACACUUGUAUCGGUUAACGGUGUACCAUCAGUACAACAAUCUUUACGAGAAAUAAAUGACGUAAUAGGUAGUGUUCGUGAUCAACUUGUUCUCGAAGUACAAAGUUCAACACAACCUCGUUCAAAUCGAUUUGAUUCAACGUCAAGUUUAGAUACGAAAGAAAAUAGUCCUGUUUACUCACUACAACGUAUAACUCCACAAUCACCAUCAAUGGAUUAUCAUCAAUAUAAUAAUUCUUCACGUAUUACACCUGCGUAUCCAUCAUAUACAUCAACAACAGGUUAUAAUCAAUACGAUAAUCAUCGAGAUCCACGUUAUACCGAUUCAUAUGGACGUUCAAUUCAAAAUCCAUUACCAGCAAUGUUUCGUACAGCUACAAUGGCAUCGAAUUCACCACAAACACCUUCAGCUUCAACAAGAGGACAACAAUAUAGUUAUCAUUUACCAACAUCAAAUAGUAUGUAUGAUACACCACGUAAUUAUAAUGGAGCUAUGUCAAGUGGUUAUGUUUCGGAUACAAAUGAUGUUCGACGUUCUUCAAUUUCUAUGCGUCCAACAAAUAGUUCAAAUUCUAAUAUACGUCGUACUACUAAUAAUAAUAAUAUUAAUAAUAAUCCAAAUCCACAACAAUCGUAUUAUUCAAAACCAGCAACAACUUAUAAUACAAGGAUUAUACAAAAUAAUGAUCAAAGUUAUUUCAGUGAUUCAGAAUAUGCUUCAUCUGGUCCACGCUAUACAAAAAUUAGUCGACAAGCAAAUCCAGUUCGACGACCAAGUAAUGUUGUUUUACCAAUACGUUCAAUAACAAGUAAAGCAUAUGAUGAAUAUGUACCACCUCAACAACCUAAACAACAACCAAUUGAUGUGUAUCGUUAUCAACAAGAGCAACGAGAACGUGAACAACGCGAACGUGAACAGCGAGAACGUGAACAACGUGAACGUGAACGUGAAAGACAAGAACAAAUACAGAGACAAUUAUAUGAACAGCAACAAGCAGCAGCAGCAGCUGCCGCUGCUCGUUAUAAUCUAUCGCAAGAUCAUAGACGUAAAUCUGAUCCAACUAUUGAUCAUGAACUUGGUGCUGAUCUGCUCAAAUCACCUAUUGCAAAUAAGAAGGUUUAUGCUGAUUCAAGCUUCUUUAAAACUUCUUUUAAUACUUAUCCAACAAUAGAAGAACAAAAAAAAAUGGCACAUAAAAUUGCCUCCAUACUUCAAGGAGGGGAUCCAACAUCAAAAGGUGCAUCGAAAUUUGAAAGACAACGUCAACGAGCUGAAAAAUAUACUCUCGAAGCUGAAGCAAAUGCUACUCCGACGCUGAGUACAAGUAAUUAUCGUCCAUUACGUCCUGUACAAACGAACGAUAUACCAUUUACACAUCAUCCACCACCACCACCACCGCCAUUCGAUACAUCAAAUGUACCUGAUUGUAUUAAACAUAGUUUAGAUCAAGCUCAAUAUGUUAAUCCAUUACGAUAUGUUGGUGCCCCGGAUAAUUUUAAACAAAUGCAUAUGCAGGAACAUGUUACACAUACAAAUGUCUCACCACAAGCUGCAAUGAGUCUCGUUGCUGAUUUAAAUGCAAAUCGUGGAAAAGGUGCUGCCUUGUUUCAAAAACGUAAAGCUCGUUCUGAAAAAUGGGUAGUUGAUGAAAAUAAUGUUAAGAAACAAGGAUUUCAACCAACAUCAACUCAUAUUAGCCCAACAUCUCAACCAUGGGGCCAGGUUGCACCCGAUUCAUGGUCUGGCGAUGAAGGACCUUAUACAGGACCAAAUUUUUCGCCAGUUCGACCAAAAUUUAAUCCACCUGCUCCUCCUUCUGCAGCUCCCUCUGUACCUGAACCUAUUCUAUCACCUCCGCCAACACAAAAUGCACCGAGAUUUGGAGAUUUUAAUGCUAAACCAAAAGGUUUUGGCAGUUGGAAUACGGAAAAUGUAGCACCAAAAUCACCACGUGGAAGUAUUGAUUCUCGAAAACCAUUGAAUUUAGCUAUGGAACCAAGUAUUCGUGAAGGUAUUGCUGAAUCACAUAUGCGAAAUGCAUCUCAACCAUUUUCACCACCAUACAAUUCUCAGCCACUAUUUUCUCCGAAUUCACAACAACAACAGAAUAAUGAUUUUUUUAAUUUUCCAUCUUCAAAUGUUCUUGGUAAAUGGAAAAAUCAAGAAUAUUCACCAUGGAAUCAAUCAUCAGCACAAGAUUCUCAAAGAUCACAAAUGCCAAUGACUCGUGAAGGUAUUGAUCAAUUACGUCAACGGCUAACACAACAAAAUCCACCACCACCACAACCAGUAAAUCAACCUUAUUCUGCAUAUAAUCAACGUAGUGGGAAUAGUGCUAGUUAUAAUCCAUAUCCGUCAACUCAAGGACCACCACAACAGCAACAUUUUACAGAUCUCUAA